AUGGACGAGAUAAGGCAAGUAUCAACCUUUGAUGUUUCAAAGGUCAUCAUGCCACCCAGAUUCCUUCGAGGUAGAGGCAAAGGACCCGUGACAGGUCAUGAUCACGAAGCCGGACCUUCGCACCGGCGAACCCCAUCCAUUACUAUGAGCACCAGCCCGCAAGAGCCCUGGAGACUCUAUGUCGAACCAGGAAGGCGAUCAGUAUCCCUUAGCUCCUCUCCUUCGUACCAACAUUCAUUUGGGCCCAAUUCUGAAAACGAGCCCAAUAACCAGCCUCCAGCUUUCAUACCUCUCCAAAGAUCAAAUUCUCACCAUUCUUUUGGUAGCCCAACACCCGUCUUCCAAAGCCGGUUUAACCCGGCUAACCUUUUGCCUGAACCCAUGGGUUUUAACCCACUCGGACCGGGAGACCACUUUCCAGAGGAGAACGACAUGGAUGAGGAUACUGACCCCGUGGAGCCAGCAUCUGGAACGCCGAACCAUCCCAUCGAGAUAUCAGAUGGGUCAUCAUUCCAUGGAUCGCCAUAUCGUGGUCCAGACAGCUACGAGGAAAGGUUCCGAAACAUUGACUGGUACUUCACACCGUCUGAACACUCGCAUCAUGAGCAGCAACAGGAUCCUUCAGUGGGUCAUCAAUUUGUGGCAGUCACGCCACCGCCGCCACCGCCACCGGCACACACCCACUACAACUACAACUAUGGUUAUGCAGAGGUAGAUCCAUACCUAGUAGCUCGGGAUUACAAUGCUCUUCAUCCUGAAGGACCGUAUGGAGGGCCAUGGACUACUGGUUACCCGACUUAUGGGUACCAGCAUCAGCCACCUCCUCCGCCGGUGUAUCAGCCGCCUCAACCACCGAUUCAACAGGAAGUCCUUAAGAGGCUGAGCCAAGUUGAACAAGAGGUCCGUGAAGACCGCAAAGAGCGGCAAGGAUUUUUCAAAGGGCUAUCAGAUUUCCUUAAGGGGAAGUCGAAGAGGAGGGGUCAUUGA